UUGAACUUUGAGCGAAAACUAAACAGCUUAGAUUUGAAAAAGCUAAACAUUCGAUUAAUUUAAUCAUUAGUAUGACUGGUAUGUGCAUGGUAUCAAAUCUGUUUAUUACAUUUGUAAAAAAUGAACGUUGAAUUAAAACUGCAAGAUUAUUGAAAUUUGACUUCAGUGUUUUUAGUUUACGUGGAUUGUGGAGCUGUGAUUUGGUGAAUAACAAUCAUGUCUUCGCCAUCAAAGAAACGUUACAAGAAACAAACAUGGUGUUCAAGAUUAAUGCAUAAAAGAUUGCCUAUUAUACAAUGGCUUCCUGAAUACAAUUCGGAAAAAGCUUUAGCAGACUUUAUAGCUGGUGUUACAGUUGGGCUUACUGUUAUCCCGCAGGCGCUGGCUUAUGCCACACUAGCUGGACUGCCGCCUCAGUACGGCCUUUACUCUUCUUUCAUGGGAUGCUUUGUCUACUUGAUCCUUGGUUCGUGCAAAGAUAUUACCUUAGGCCCGACCGCUCUGCUAGCUCUCAUGACAUACGAACAAAUACAAGGGAGAAACUUCGACUAUGCAAUACUAUUGUGCUUCCUAACCGGUGUAGUUCAACUCAUAAUGGGAAUAUUACAUUUAGGUGUCCUCAUCGAUUUUAUAUCUGUACCGGUCACUGUAGGUUUUACAUCAGCGACGUCCGUCAUAAUCGCCGUGUCUCAGCUCAAGGGAUUACUGGGAAUCCAGUUCAAAUCAAAGGGUUUUAUCGAUACCUUGAAACAGGUUUUCAUCAACAUACCUAACGCUAGAUUGGCUGACAGUACGUUGGGAAUAUCGUGCAUAAUUAUACUUCUUUUAAUGAGGAAAAUGAAAGAUACGAAUGUAGAGGCGAAUAAAAAAAGCUUAAAGAAGAUAUUAUGGCUGUUAUCAACUUCGAGAAACGCUAUAAUCGUUGUUGUAUGUUCUAUAAUGGCUUUCACAUGGGAAUCGCAUUCAGUAUCGCCGUUCAAACUCACUGGGACUGUGAAAGAAGGGCUACCAUCGUGGUCCUUACCACCAUUUGGCACUGAGCACGAUGGGAGGAAUGUGACGUUUAUCGAAAUGUGUUCAGAAUUGGGUUCGUCAAUAGUACUUGUUCCAAUUAUCGGAGUACUGGGAAAUGUCGCUAUUGCGAAAGCCUUUGCUAGCGGCGAGUCUGUCGAUGCCACGCAGGAACUAUUAACCUUAUCACUUUCGAAUGUCUUGGGCUCGUUUGUAAGCGCAAUGCCGAUAACUGGCUCCUUUUCACGCAGCGCGGUGAACCAUGCCAGCGGGGUCGCAACACAAUUUGGAAGCAUUUAUACAGGUAUAUUGGUUCUCUUAUCUUUAAGUCUUCUAACGCCGUACUUCUAUUUUAUACCGAAAGCCUCGCUUGCCGCUGUUGUGAUAUGCGCCGUUAUAUUUAUGAUUGAAUAUGAGGUAGUGAAGCCGAUGUGGCGCUCGAGACGUGCCGACCUUGUGCCCGCGUUCGCUACCUUUGUUCUCUGCCUUAUCGUCGGAGUCGAACUGGGUAUAGUCGCUGGAGUCCUACUGAAUGUUAUAUUACUGCUGUAUCCGAGUGCUAGGCCAACUAUGGAAGCUGAAAUUAUAACGAACAGCACAGGCUUUAGUUACUUGCUGAUAACAGUAGGAAACAGUCUUUACUUUCCCGGCGUGGAGUACAUUCGGCAAUAUGUCAGCCGAGCCGCGAAAAAGCAGGGCGGCUGUAGCAUGCCUGUUGUUAUUGACUGCAGAUUUGUAUUAGGUGCCGAUUUUACUGCAGCCAAAGGCAUUUGUGCACUAUCAAGCUCGCUAUCAUCACGUGGUCAGCCUCUAGUCCUAUUAUCUCCAAGGUCGAACGUUGCAUCGGUGUUCAGCGGAGCCGGGUCGAAUGUCGUCGUUGUGAUGACUGCUGCUGAAUUAGACGCAACAUUACAGAAUCUCACCGGCCAAGUUGCUUUAUCCGAACUAAAUGUUAGUGACAAGAAACGGAUAACGCCACCACCAUCUUACAAAUCGUUAAGUCAAAUGGACGAAGAAUCAAUUAAAGUUAUUAUAACCGAAGACAAAAAUACACCUCUACUUACUAGAACAAUAUCAUGCAAAUCUUUAUCAAGAGAAAUAAACGACACAUGACAUAGUUAUAAUAAAAUCUGAUAAUAUUAUUAGAAAGUCAAAAUGAUGCUACGCUAAUGUCAAUAACAAGAAUAUCAGUAAAUUUAAUUAUAUUUCUAGUGAGUAGUGUUAGAGAAAGACAUGUAAUGGCUUCGUUUUUAUAAUUAAAAUUCGUCUAUCUUUGGACGGAACAGUAUAUUGUGUAGGAAAGUGGAAGCAUGUUUAAUAACUUUUCAAAAUAUCUUCCGCCAUAUUCAACAUCUGAUGACGUAAUACCAAUGAAAUUGACGAAAUAUGACGGUAGUAUUUGUGUGUUUGUGUUACAUGUUUUUCGAGAAUUGGAAUAAAAAUAAUGGUAUGUUUUAGUAUAUUGUGUCCACAUAAAUAUGGUCAAUAAUAUUUUAUUCUUAAACAAUAUAUAACAACAAUUAUAUGAAAACAAUGGAAAAUUUUAAAUAUACAAAAAAAUACAUUUAACAGUCAGCACAAAAUGGAAAUAGAAAUGUUCUUCUCGUAUAUUAAUUUUCUUCAAAAUUAAAAAAAUAAGGUUUGACAUACAUUACUUAGUUAGAAAGUUUAGUUUUAAAUGCGUUAAAAGAACAAUAAGUUCUUAAUAAAUUGUGUAUGGAAUUGAAAUAAAAUGGUUGUUAUUACGUUCACAUCACAAUAUAUUUACCUGCUAAUUCACUUAGUUACCAAUUAUACCUCACAGAUAAAAUAUAGAUAUUUUUAUUAAGAUUAAUAUGUUUUGAAUGAUUAAUUUUAAUCUGUGCAUGUCAAGGGGCAUCCCCUUCUUGUAUUUAUUGAUAAAAUAUUGAAAUUUGUAUGCAGUGUAAAAUUUUAAGUGUAUUCGGUCCAGUUUUCUUUAAAAGAAAAUAAA